AGCCUACCCAGCAUGCCCCGCUUGCCCGUGACCAGUUAUUCAAAACAUGGAGGAAAGGGAAAGAAAAAAAACAAACACCGCUGAAUAUGAUGACAGGGAAGAAGCAUCGACAUCAAAUCCAACUACACACCCUACACGUAAAGAAGAGUCGCAUUUGCGUGGCAACACGGAAGAGGAGGACAGUGUCAAAUUGGACAUUUGUUCCGAUACUUUUGACCCAUUGCUGGCCCUAUACUCUCCAACAGUAACUCUUCCGUUCCCAAACAUAAAGUGUUUCAACAAUGUCUCCGCAUACGAAAGCUUUCUGAAAGGUGGCAGCGGGAGGGCCAAGCCCGAGAAUGUUGAGAAAAAGCUGCGGAAGGCGAUGGAAGGGGUGGUGGAUCCUGAGCGCAUCAAGAGGCUGAAGGACCUCAUGGUGUGUAACGUGCCGAAAGUAGGGGAGACCAGUGCCCCUCCACGGCGGAAACAGAAGACCCACAAAAAUGUUGUCUCAAGGAUGCAACUUAACAAGGGGAGCCCAUUGGGUGAGCUGUACCGCUGUGUCGAAGAGAGGAUACGUGUCAAAGUUCACAUCAGGAGCUUCAAGGGGCUCCGUGGAUUGUGUUCUGGCUUUGUGGUAGCCUUUGACAAGUUCUGGAACCUGGCGAUGGUGGACGUAGACGAGACGUACAGAGACCCACUACUUGGAGAAGCCUUGUAUCACGAAAAAGCACUGACAAUUACACGGCUCUUUGAGAAGCUCAAACUCCAGGAGAGCUCCGAGGAGUCGUCGAGAACAGGUAAAGGCAAGGGGAAGAGCGUUCAACCCCCCCAACCUGGCGGUGGGUGCAGCACGGACCAGCAGCGGCUAUCAAGGCGCACCAGCCGGUUCUCAGAGGCGAAGCCUGGAGCCACGGAGGCAAAGGCCGGUGGUGCUGGGGGCACCAAGGCUCAGGGGAAGGCCCCCCAUCCUUACGGCAAGGUCCACACGCGCCACAUCAACCAGCUGUUUAUACGAGGGGAGAACGUGCUCCUCAUCAACCUCCAGCCCCUCUGAUAUGCCUCGCCCCCCCUGGGGUGACAGAGCACUGCUGCAGGCUAUUGCAUGAACUGUUCACAUGCGACCUGUAACCGCAGGGUGCAUGGUCUGACAUGAGGGUCUCGGGGGUUCGGGAAAAUAAAGGAAUGCCCUACAGACUUGUAAUAUCAUAUUGAUAUAAAUUGCUCUGUUGCCCCGAAAGAUAAUUUUGAAACAGUAAUAAAUUCAGGAUGCUUCUCAUAGCCAUAUCGUGGGUUGUUUGAUUGCCAUCAUAUAGGGGACAUAAUGUGUAUCUAAAAGGGUUUCUAAAUCGUAAUAUUUUUUCACCGGCAGGUGGCAGUGUAAACACAGAAGCCACGUGUGAGGCCAUUGUCAUCCAAAAAGAUGCUUGUCCCUUUAUGUUGUCUUUCUCCGCUAGUUUGAACAGGAAUGACAGCGCAGUCUCAGCGGACUUCAUAAAUGCAUUAUGAAUAAUUGAGUUUGUGAAGCUAGAGAUUGCAGAUGGCACUCAGAAGCUGUCAUUUGUCUUGACGUCUCAGAUUGCCUUUACUCUUUAAUGGGCACAUUAACCAUAAAAGCAGGAUUUACUGCAACUCAUGGAAGUUGUAAAGAUGCAGCUCUUGUUUAAACACCAUGGGCUGCUUUUGUAAGAUGAGUUAUGAGUCAGAAUGGUGUGUCUACUAUACAUCCCUGUUGUCUAUACUGCACCACAUGAAUUAGAUCACAUUUAUCAUGUAAUGUAUAAUUGUGCUGAUAAAUUGAUUGAAAUCAAAUUAUGUAUUUUUUUUUAUCUAUGGAUCUUUGGAGUGUACAUGAUAUAUGCUGGACAAACGGAAUUCAGUCUCCAGGAUAAAGAGCGAUACCCAUGCAUAACAUCCAUUCAUUUAAGCCAUCCAUUCAUGAAUGUCUUAUGUAGGUUAUAGCUAUUGCAUUGGUUGGUGACCAUGCAAAGCAACCAGGCUGUUACGCGUCACAGUCAAGGACACCUUGGUGCCACUUGAAACAGGAGGUGGCUUCAACAAUAAAAAACAACCUCCUUGGAUCCAACAAUGAACAGUCCAGCUGCUCCACUACAUGCUGUACCUGCUGUGUUGUCCAUCCAUCUAGCUAUGCAAUCACCACAAAUCUUGUUAAACAAUACAAACCAAAGACAGCACAUUAAAACUUCACACAUUUGAUUUGUAAAGUGUCAAUUCAAUGGUUUUAUAUCGUUAUUUUUGUAGAUAAAUGAAGGAGAGAAAACAAAUAACACAGGCCAUUGGCAAAUGUCAAUCAACUGUUUAAUGUCGUUGAUAUAGGAUCAUAAUGUGUAAAUCAAAAUCUGGGAAAAAAAAUGCAAAUGCUCUUUUUAUCAAAAGGACAGUUCAGGGUGAACCUCUUGCAUAAAGUAGUGUUUUCAGUAACUAUCCUAAUACACAGAAAAUCUCCAAACGAAUCGAAGUAGAAAACAAUUC